UUUUUUUUUUUCCUUUUCUACUUUUAAUACAUUUUAUAUUCAACGAUAAUGACGACCAUUGAUUUCAUUGUCAAUUUCAAAGGCAAGACUAUACCAUUGACCAAGUGGACAACUGAUUCAACAAUUGAUCAAGUAAAGACCUGGCUAGCUGAAGAAACAGGUAUUAUCAAAGAUUGCCAAAAACUAUUAUGGAAAGGAAAAGUGCUUCAAGACGAUGCUGCGACUUUGGCCAUGGUAGGCAUAACUGCACAAUCCAAGGUUAUAUUAAUGGGUAGUCAACAAGCUCAAGUGGCCGCAGUACAACGACUGGACAAUGAUAUCGCUCAACGACGACGACGACAACCUAUUUCGAGAGUAAAACCAUCUUCAACGCCUCGGUCCAUAAGAGAUAUCAAUUAUACAUUCCAUCGCAUCACAGUACUUCCAGAAUUUAAGGAACAAGAGAAAGCUAGACAAUUAUUGGAACGAUUACGGGACGAUCGAGGGAUUCAAGCUAUCAUGACGCAACGACGAUGGUCUGUUGGUGAAUUGACAGAACUGACACCUUUUGAAACUUCUAUCUUGGGGUACAAUCGCAACGCUGGUCAGUUGAUUGCUAUCCGAUUACGUACAGACGAUCUCUCUGGGUUUCGACAUUAUGACUCCAUACGUAAAGUAUUACUUCAUGAACUGACUCAUAACGUAUGGGGUGAUCAUGAUGAUAACUUUCACAAACUUAAUCGACAAUUGAAUAAGGAUGUAGUGGCAUUAGAUUGGACAAGUCAUGGCGGACAUCAAUUAUCCAAUGAUGAAUACUUUCAACCUGAAGAGGAUCAAGUGGAUGGAUUGGUGACUUGGCAAGCUGGAUCUUAUCGAUUAGGGGGGAAAUCCAGUAGUGGGAUAGAAUCAGCAGCUUUACGAAGAGAACAAAUCGCUAAUGCAGCAUUAUCAAGACUUACCAAACAAGAAGAACAAGAAAUGGAUGAAGGUUGUGGAUCAUGAACAUUUUAAUAUAGUUAUAUCCUUUAUUUUAUUGCUACUAUUUUUUAUAUUAUUGUCUUGUUACCCUAAUUCUUGAAAUAAAAUACUUGUUUGUUUCUUUUU